CCGAUGACAGCUCAUAAAACAUUCACAAUAGAAAGAAAAGCAAAGAAACAACACACGAUCCGUUUUCGGCAAUAAAUACGGGUUCCGGGUGGAAAAAACUGGUCACAAAGGUUCCGCUUCCCCACAAAACGGUAUCCACCCGGUGUGCGCGAUGGCAGACGGUAACAGUUCCGAUGAGGAUUUCUCCGACGAUUGGGCGCUGUACUCGCGCCGGCCGGAAUGGUCCGACAUUACACCACUUCCCCAGGACGACGGGGAGAAUCCUGUCGUGAUGAUCCAGUACAGUGAGCGCUUUAACGAUGUGUUUGGCUAUCUGCGUGCGAUCAUAUCGAGGCAGGAAAAGUCCCAGCGCGCCCUCGAGCUGACGAAGGACGCGGCCAAGCUGAAUGCCGCCAACUACACCGUGUGGCAGUACCGGCGGGACAUUCUGAAAACGCUCAACGCCGACCUGUACGAGGAGCUGUCCUACAUCGGGCGGGUCAUUGCGGACAAUCCGAAAAACUACCAGGUGUGGCAUCAUCGGCGCGUCAUCGUCGAAUGGUUGGACGACCCAUCGAGCGAGCUGGCACUGACGGAGAGCAUUCUCGACAUGGAUGCGAAGAACUAUCAUGCCUGGCAGCACCGGCAGUGGGUCAUAAAGAACUACAACCUGUUUGACGAUGAGCUGCAUUACGUGGACCGGUUAAUAUCGGAGGAUAUGCGCAACAAUUCCGCUUGGAACGAGCGGUUCUUCGUGCUGAAGCACGGCGGCUUCACGCCGGAGGUGCUCGAGCGCGAGGUUAACUACGUCAUCACGCGCGUGGGCCUGAUCAAAAACAAUGAAAGUCCGUGGAACUUUUUGCGCGGACUGCUGCAGCAGGGCACCGGCAAGCUGGCCCAGUUCCCGGUGGUGGUCGAGUUCUGCGAGGCACUGUACAACGACGGCAUCCGGUCGCCGUACCUGCUGGCCUUUCUGGUGGACCUGUACGCCGAGCAAUACUUCGAUGUGAUCGAGUCGGGCGGCAAUGAAGCGGUGGCCGAGGAGUACCACCAGAAGGUGCAGGAUCUGUGCGAGUCGAUGGCGAACCAGCACGACAAGAUACGCUGCAAGUACUGGCGCUACAUUGCGGAAAACUUUCGGCGGAAAGCGUCCGACCGGGCGGCGGCCGGCGGCGGUAGAAAUGGCGUGUGAUGGCAGUGUACCCCCGGAGCAGAGCAAGAGUACGUUAACUUAUGAGCAGAGCAACGGAGGAGGAUGAACUUUGUUUUAGUGCUAGUUUUGUUAGAUUUUUUCUUCUCUUCUCUUUUUCCUCCACACAAACAAAUAAAGAAACUGGUAAAGUGGCAGCAAAAUAGCUUAGCACAUGAUCGGAGCGUGCUGUUAACAAACAAAAAAGUAAUAAAUAGAUAAUUUUGCAAUAUUUAA